UAGGCUCUCGACACUCGACAGAGUUGUAACGUUAACAACCACUUGACAUUUACAGAAAAAUAAUAAAUCACAGAAACGAUAGCUGAAAUUAAGACGUACAGAAUAAUAAUAUGGGCCAUGGGUGUGAUUAUGGUAACGGACAGACUUUAGACACCACUGUUUUGACACCUUUGUCAAGAAAAAAUCUAAACAUAGCCUCACUUUUGUACUUUGGGUGUAGUCAUUGUUAAAUAACAGUUCAGCGAUACUUUGUGAUUGUGUGGUCAAAUAUCAGGCGCACAUAAUGGAAUCAAACGAAGAGUCUCAAAAUGAGGCCCCAGAACCCUCCCAUUCGACCAACAUAACUCAAGAAGAAAUCGACCCAGAGACAGCCAGCAAGCUCCGAGGGGACGCAAUUGGGAACACCAUGUACAGCGAACGCUUCGUGUUAAACACCCUGAUGCAGUUCUCGGAUUUGAAAUGGAGUGAGGAAGUCGAAAACGAUUUGUGUUUCCUGUGGGAUAUGACUGAGGAAAAGGACGUUUGUGAAUACUUGUACCACUUGUCUUACUCCACGCUAGCUUGCACGGCUUUGACAAAUUACACCGAGCCGAGAUUUGUGGAAAUCGUAGUCGGGAUUUUUGCCAAUCUCUUGUGUUCAAAAUGUGAAACCAACGUAAAGGAGGACGAGAUUAAAGUAGUUGUAGAUUUGUUAAAUUCAGAUGAUCCUUAUAUUUUGAUCCAAGUAAUGCGGUUUGUACACGCCUUGGCUUUUAUGUGCGAGAAAUUGGAUUUUUUUGAAAAGAGACAUUUUGCCAAAAUUAACUUUAUUUUGUUUAAUUCGACCAAUAAAGAAUUGUUGACUGUUAGUUUGAAGGCUUUGGCGGCUCUUACAGAUGGCACAAAGUUAAAUUUAAAAGUCAUAACUCCCGAUUUGUUAUUUUCCACAGUUGCGGCUUACAAAACUAUAAAAAAUCCGGACUGUGAGUCAGAAAUUGAGUUGUUUGAGUCACAGGAACAGCAUUUGAAUGUGAAACAUUUAAUCCAAAUCUAUUGUAACGUUUGCACUUACAUUGAUAAUUUUAUUUAUUUAAGCCAAUAUGUAGAACAGAUUAAAUUGAAUUUAGGCGGAUUUAACGACGAAAUGGUUCUAUUGUUGAAUUUUUAUAAAGAGGAGGAGUAUCUCAUACCAGUGAGCGAUGAUUUUAAGUUUUAUAUUGAAGCAUUAACUUACAUUUAUAAGACGAUUCAUGUGGAGUUUCUCCCCACAAUUGUAAGACCUUUGUGCGAGAUUUACUUUAUUGUGAGUGAGAAAGAGGCUUCAAAUUUGGAGUGUGUUGCUGAAUUGGUAUGUUAUUUUAUUUCUGUAGGGACCCUCAAUACCAUCAGAAGAAAUUUUGAUAAUGUGCCUCUUGAUACUAUUAAAAAUCUGUUGGCCAGUAUUGAAAGCAACAAGUUCAAGUUUGAUUUCGAAUACGCCCCGACUUUACGUCGAAUUGCGGCUCUUUUGUAAUAAUUUUAUCGAUUUUAAUAAACUUUAUUUUUGUUA